AUGGAUCUCUUCUCCACCGCCUGCGAGAACUUCGGCCUAAUCAUCAACACGGAAAGGGCUGUGGUCAUGCACCAACCGCCACCCAACACAGCCUCUGCCCACAAUGUGCCGCAAAUCAGCGUGAACGGGACUCAACUGCAGCGGUGGACAACUUCACGUAUCUGGGCAGAACCCUCUCCCGCAGCAUCAAAAUCGACGAUGGAGUGGUCCGCCUGAUUUCCAAGGCCAGUAAAACCUUCGGUCGUCCUCAAAACACAGUUUGAAAUCGUCACGGUCUUCAACUAAGCACAAAACUGAAGAUAUACAAGGCCGCCAUCCUACCGACGUUGCUGCAUGGAGCAGAGACCUGGACGGUGUACAUGAAGCAGGCACGGUAACUCAAUCACUUCCACCCCAGUUGUUUACGUCGAAUACUGAAGCUAAGGUGAUAGGACCUGAUCCCAGACACGGACGUACUGGAGCGGCUGGGAAUCCUCGGCAUCCACACUAUCUAAGACAACUACAACUACGCUGGAGCGGCCACCUCGUAUGGAUAAGCAACGAGAGGCCACCCAAACGACUCUUCUAUGGAGAUGUCGCUAUGGGUUUAUACCGACAAGGAGGUUGAAUCCGGCGCUACAAGGCUACGCUGAAAUCCUCAUUGAAGCGCCUGCAGAUCAACCCGACAAACUGGAAAGAUCUCGCCCGAGACGGACCUACGUGGAGGAGGACAGUAAAGAUAGGCGCAGCAAUCUUCGAAGUCAACCGAAUCACUGUCGUCAAAGCCGAACGCGAGACACGCAAAUCUCAAAUGCCGCCGCCGCCGCCUCCGCUUCACAACGCCAACGCCCAACCGCCUCAAAGUUGUCCACGAUGUCAACGGACAUUCCGGACUUGUUGAACAUUUUGUACCCCUCCGGAUCAAUUGCAGCACUCGAACUAUACCAAAAGCCGUCUCUCUGUUAACCUCUCUUUCGCUUCCUACGCUAUCAAAUAACGUUGACCGCCCUCCCGAACAACCACCACCAUCCUCUUCCUCCUCCUCCACCUCCUCCUCCUCCGCCGCCUCAACGUCUGCCGCCGCGGCUCCCGCCAUGCCCAUCAACACUGCACAAAAUCCUGACACACCAACAAACACCAACGCCACCAUCGUCAACAACAGUACUACGAACCCGGUCUAUACCUGCUCUCAUUGCGACCGCACCUUCACCACACACAUCGGCCUGGUCGGUCACCCGCGAAUUCAUCAUACAGAGACUGGUGCCUGGAGCACCCACUUACAUCCGCCGCAUCCGCUUCCACUGUCCAAGCCGCUACUGCACAUUCACUCACCGCAUGGGCCUAUUCGGACACUUGCGCAUCCGCGAAAACCUGCGGUAGACAACCGCCGGCUGAAUCGCACCACGAAUUUCUCCCUUGCCACCAUCUGA